AUGGGCUACGUCAACGGCAACAUCUACAUUAUCACGACCAUUGCGGUCAUCGGUGGUGCCCUGUUUGGUUUCGACAUUGCUUCCAUGUCGGCCAUUCUCGGCACCCAACAGUACAAGUGCUUCUUCAACCAGGGCGGCUUAGAUGAGAAGGGCCAAUGCGCCGGUCCCACCUCCAGUAACCAGGGUGGCAUUUCUGCUGCUAUGCCUGGUGGUUCGUUCCUUGGUGCUUUGGCUUCGGGAAUUAUCACCGACACGCUUGGUCGCCGCAGGGCUAUCCAGGUCGGUGCCAUCAUCUGGUGUAUUGGCAGCGCCAUUACCUGCUCCUCGUUCAGCAUCGGCCAGCUGGUCGUCGGCCGCUUCAUCAACGGUGUCUCCGUGGGUAUCUGCAGUGCCCAGGUUCCUGUCUACGUCGCCGAGCUGGCCCAGCCCAGUAAACGUGGAGCCGUCGUCGGUGCCCAGCAGUGGGCCAUUACUUGGGGUAUCUUGAUCAUGUUCUACAUCUCCUACGGCAGCAGCUUCCUCACCGGCCCCGCCGCCUGGCGUCUGCCCUGGGGUCUGCAGAUGAUCCCCGCCGUGAUCCUCUUCUUCGCCCUCUUCUUCAUGCCCGAGAGCCCUCGAUGGCUGGCCAAGAAAGACCGCUGGGAGGAGUGCCACGAGACCCUGGCUCUGGUCCACGCCAAGGGUGACCGCAACGACACCUUCGUCCAGACCGAGCUGCGCGAGAUCCGCGAGAUGUGCGAGUUUGAGCGCGACAACGCCGAUGCCACCUACCUCGACCUCUUCAAGCCCAACAUGAUCAACCGCACUCACAUCGGCAUGUUCACCCAGAUCUGGUCGCAGCUGACCGGCAUGAACGUGAUGAUGCUCUACAUCACGUAUGUCUUCGGCAUGGCCGGUCUCUCCGGCAAUGCCAACCUCGUCGCCUCGUCCAUCCAAUACGUCAUCAACGUGGUCAUGACCAUCCUCGCCCUCUUCUUCAUCGACCGCUGGGGCCGCCGCAUCCCCCUCCUCGUCGGCUCCACCCUCAUGAUGACCUUCAUGUUCGCCAACGCCGGCAUUAUGGCCUCAUACGGCAAGCCCGCGCCCCCAGGCGGCGUCGACAACAUCCCCGAGGAAUCCUGGGACAUGUCCGAGGCCCAGACUGCAGCAAAGGGCAUCAUCGCCUGCACAUACCUCUUUGUCGCAUCCUACGCACCAACAUGGGGUCCCGUCUCCUGGAUCUACCCACCCGAGCUCUUCCCCCUCCGUCUGCGCGGAAAGGCCGUUGGAGUCACCACAGCCUCAAACUGGAUCUUCAACUUUGCUCUGUCGUACUUCGUGCCGCCUGCCUUUGAAAACAUCAAGUGGAAAGUCUACAUCCUCUUCGGGGUCUUCUGCGCUGCCAUGACCAUCCACGUAUUCUUCUUCUUCCCUGAGACGGCUGGGAAGACGCUCGAGGACGUCGAUGCCAUGUUCCAGACGAACAUCAAGCCGUGGCAGACCAAGGUGCAGUACCACAACAUCAGGAAAGCCGAGCAGGGCGACGUCGUCUUUAACAAGGCCGUUGAGGAGGGGAACCAUGACAGUCGUAAGAAUUCUGCUGUGGGUACCCAGGAGAAGCACGUCGAGGCAGCUGCCUCUUAA